AUGGGCUAUUCUAAACGUCCUCGCGAUGAUAAGAAGAGUAAAGGCGGGCGGUCUAAACAUGCGGGGGAUAAGGGCUCCGGUCAACCGCGAGUAAAAAAAGCCGUCUUUGAGAGCACCAAGAAGAAGGAAGUCGGUGUAUCAGACUUGACGCUGCUCAGCAAGGUGUCCAAUGAAGCUAUCAACGAGAAUCUGAAGAAACGGUUUGAGCAUGGGGAGAUUUACACAUAUAUCGGCCAUGUGCUUGUCUCUGUCAACCCGUUUCGAGACCUUGGGAUAUAUACCGACGAGGUCCUCGAUUCGUACCGCGGGAAGAACCGUCUCGAAGUAAAACCGCACGUCUUCGCAGUCGCCGAGUCAGCAUACUAUAACAUGAAAGCAUACAAGGAAAAUCAAUGUGUUAUUAUCUCAGGAGAAUCCGGCGCCGGAAAGACAGAAGCUGCCCGACGAUUGAUGCAGUAUAUCGCAAACGUCUCGGGGGGUUCAGAUUCUUCCAUUCAAGAAACCAAGGAUAUGGUUCUGGCAACCAAUCCGCUCCUGGAAUCGUUUGGAAAUGCGAAAACAUUGCGCAACAACAACUCAUCGCGAUUUGGAAAAUACUUAGAACUCCAGUUCAAUUCGGUUGGAGAACCUGUCGGAGCCGUGAUCACAAAUUACUUAUUAGAGAAGUCCAGAGUGGUGGGCCAGAUCACCAACGAGCGCAAUUUCCAUAUCUUCUAUCAAUUCACGAAGGCUGCCCCCCAGUCAUACCGCGAAGCAUUUGGAAUUCAGAAGCCGGAUGCCUACCUAUAUACUAGCCGCUCAAAGUGUUUUGACGUGCCUAAUAUAGAUGACUCAGCUGAUUUUAGAGAGACCGUUGAAGCUAUGAAGAUCAUUGGCUUAAGCCAGGCUGAGCAGGACAACAUUUUCCGUGUACUAGCUGCUAUCCUCUGGCUAGGAAAUAUGCAGUUUGUUGAGGAUGACCAGAGCAAUGCCACUAUCACCGACCGGUCGGUCAUCGACUUUGUUGCCUAUUUAAUGGAAGUUGAUGCGGACCAGGUUCAAAAGGCUCUUACCCACAGAAUCGUCGAAACCGCAAGAGGAGCUCGGAGAGGGUCUAUCUAUGAAGUGCCGUUGAACACGGUGCAAGCUAUGGCUGUUCGUGAUGCCUUGGCAAAGGCCCUCUAUUUCAAUCUCUUUGACUGGAUUGUGCAGCGAGUGAAUGCAUCCCUGGUUGCGAAAGGAGCCGUUUCAAACUCUAUUGGUAUCCUGGAUAUUUAUGGAUUUGAGAUUUUCGAGAAGAACUCAUUCGAGCAGCUCUGCAUCAACUAUGUCAAUGAAAAGCUCCAGCAGAUCUUUAUUCAAUUGACAUUGAAGACAGAACAAGAAGAAUAUGCCCGGGAACAAAUUCAAUGGACGCCCAUCAAAUACUUCGAUAACAAGGUUGUUUGCUCGUUAAUUGAAGAUAAGAGACCGCCGGGAAUAUUUGCUGCGCUUAAUGACGCCUGUGCCACUGCACAUGCGGAUUCGGCGGCAGCAGAUCAAACCUUUGUUGGACGAUUGAACUUCCUCGGCCAAAAUCCAAACUUUGAAUCCAGGCAAGGACAGUUUAUUGUCAAACAUUAUGCCGGCGAUGUGUCUUAUGCCAUUGAAGGAAUGACAGAUAAGAACAAGGAUCAACUGCUCAAGGAUAUAUUAAACCUAAUCAACUCGAGUGGCAACGGCUUCCUACAUACUCUUUUCCCGGACCAAGUAAACCAGGAUGACAAGCGACGCCCUCCAACUGCCGGUGACAAGAUCAAGGCCUCUGCCAAUGAUUUGGUUGCAACGCUGGCCAAAGCACAGCCAUCGUAUAUCCGGACAAUCAAACCAAAUGACAACAAGUCCCCAUCUGAGUACAAUGUUGGAAACGUUAUGCAUCAAAUCAAAUAUCUUGGUUUACAGGAAAACGUGCGAAUCAGACGAGCUGGUUUCGCCUACCGACAGACAUUCGACAAGUUUGUUGAACGGUUCUACCUCCUGUCUCCCAAAACCUCGUACGCAGGUGACUACACCUGGACCGGUGAUGCAGAGUCCGGCUGCCGACAAAUCUUAAAGGACACAAGUAUCCCCGCUGAAGAGUACCAAAUGGGUGUGACCAAGGCUUUCAUCAAGACCCCCGAAACGCUUUUCGCCCUUGAACAUAUGCGAGACCGUUAUUGGCAUAACAUGGCCAUCAGGAUACAGCGUGCAUGGCGCAACUACCUCCGAUAUCGAACCGAAUGUGCCAUCCGCAUCCAACGCUUCUGGAGACGUGUUACUGGUGGCCUGGAGUUCAUCAAGCUACGAGACCAGGGCCACAGAGUACUUAGUGGGAAAAAGGAGCGUCGACGAUUCAGUCUUCUUGGCUCAAGGAGAUUCCUAGGUGACUAUAUAGGUGUUGGAAACAAGGGUGGAUUCGGGGAGAUCGUUAGAGACUCCAUCCGCCUUUCGAGUAAGUAUUUAGAUGCGGUCCCCAUAUGUUUGAUAUCCGCCAUUGACAUGUAUGAUUUUGUGAACAACCAGCUCAACAUAUCUGCUGAGCGGACCAUCUCCCUGGGCGCAAUAAAGGCUGUUGGAACAUCCAAUCUGAAAGAUGAUUGGUUUUCAAUAGUUGUUGGUGCACCCCAGGAGCCAGACCCCCUAUUGUCCUGUGUGUUCAAGACGGAAUUCUUCACCCAUCUCACCAACGCCUUGCGCGGACAGAUGAACCUCAAGAUUGGUGAUGUGAUUGACUUCAAUAAGAAACCCGGCAAGUUGGCACAGGUCAAAGUGGUCAAGGAUCCGGCCGUACCCCGGGACGACGUGUAUAAGAGUGGAACUAUCCGCACAGCGCCCGGAGAGCCAGCAAACUCGGUCUCCAAGCCAACACCGCGGCCCAAGCAGGUCGCCGGCAAGCCGAUCAGCAAAGGCAAACUUCUACGACCCGGCGGUCCAGGCGGCGGCCCGUCCAAGCUCUCGCAAACAGCGGCCAAACCCAAGCCACGUCCUGCACCCCAGCAGCUUCCGGGCAGUGGCCAACAGUCAACUCUGGAAUCACGGCCUGUCCCCCAACCUGCCGCCGUUGCUGCUGCUGUGGCAACCUCCAACCAUAACCGCGUUAGCUCAACAGCUUCACAAUCCCAGUCACGGCCGCCACCACCACCUCCUCCUCCGGCACCCCAAGCAGCUCCACCGCCCAAGAAGCCCAUGGCCAAAGUGCUGUAUGACUUUAACAGUGGGAAUACAAAUGAGCUGGCAAUCCGGCAGGGAGAACUGGUACAGAUCAUCUCCCGUGAAACAAACGGUAUCCCUUCCCUUUUAUCUUAUUCCAUUAUACAUAAACAUGGAAGUAUACUAAUUAGCGUCCAGGGCUGGACUCCAGAGGCAUACAUUGAGGAAAUCAAGGAGGCAGCUCCACCACCUCCCCCUCCACCACCCCCCGUAGCAGCCCGGGCUCCAGCUCCGGCUCCAACACCGACAUCUAACGGCGCAGGUGCAGUGCGUGCUAGCGGAACAGCAGCUGCAAAGGCCAAACCAGCUCCGCCCGCACCCCCCGCAAAACGCCCCAACAUGCGCAAGCAAGUCCAGAACCCCAUAGCUCCGCGGGAUAGUGCCGUCAGCAUGAACUCGCAGGACUCAUCGGGGGCCAGUGGGCGGGCGACGCCAAACAGUUUGAACAAUGCCAGCUUGGCGGGAGGACUUGCAGAGGCCCUACGGCAGCGACAGAGCGCGAUGCAAGGGAAGCAUAACGACGACGACGACUGGUAG